AGCACUUCCGGCAGGCUGCUGUUUCCAUGGCAAUCCAACAUGGCGCCCGGAAAUCAAACAAUCCUGUCGUCCACUCCUCUGCAGAUCCUCCUCUACCUCAACUCCUGGUACUUUGCAGCCUUCUACCUGGCAGAGAUUCUCAUGUUCAUCUAUAAAGGUGUUUCUCUCCCGUACCCGUCAGACAACCUGGUUCUGGACGUGGUUCUGCUGCUCAUCUUCCUCGGACUGGAGACACUCAGGAUCUUCUAUGGCUGGAAGGGGAACCUGUGUGAGCGCUCUCUGGCCUCGUGUGCGUCGCUCUUCAUCCUGCUGCCCUGCGGCGCGCUGGCCGUCUACUUCCUGCUGCUGCAGACCUUCGUGCUGCGGCUGGAGUUCAUCCUCGGCGCCGUGCUGCUCUGCUUCUACGCCCUGGAGCUGCUGCUCGGACUCCUCUCCUUAUCCGCCUUCUCCAGGUCCAAAGUUUACUGAAGAACAAAGUUCACCUGAAACAGAACAUGACGACAGAUCCACUGUAAAUAUAAAAGUCAAAAUCGGUUUGACACUCAUCAUCUUCUACUGUUUUGUACAAAAGGUUUUAUAAAUGUUUCAAUGCUUCCAUCAAGACUUUGUGUAAAUAAAUUCUGGUUCAUUCUCGAUUUGAA